ACCCGAGUGAAGUUCAGUUUUGACAGUUGUAAUGUAACAGUGGUCAUCCUAGUUUUUUAUACCUCCUUGCAUUUUGAUACCAAAAUAUUAGAUAUUCGUAAAGUGGUAUUACGUGAACAAGAUGAAAAUGAGAGCCCACGCACAUCGGGAAAGGUGGAAUGCGACCCGCUAGCGACGAGUGAUAUGUCAACACGUAACACGGCCACAUCGUUCCGCGCUCGCCGCGGCCACAAGGAGCGGUCCAAGAACUUUACCGAGCUGGAGAAGCGGACAGUUCUCGAGCUGAUCGCCCACCACAGGGAUGUACUGCGACAGGGCCGCUCCAACAACGCUACUAACAGGAGCAAACAGUUGGUGUGGUCGACAAUAUGCGAGGAGGUGAACAAACGGUGCGGAGGCGACCGUCCCCGCACUCCCGCGCAGGUCAAGAUGUGGUACGAGAACUACAAGAAAAAGUGUAAAAUGCGCGCACACGAUACACAGCAAUCGCAGUCGGAACCGCCGGGUCUGCUGGACGGCAUGCUCUGGCAGAACAUACACCCUUUGGACGUAAAAGACGAGGACGGCGAGCCGACUACGAGCGCGGACGGUGGCCACAGCGUGAAGGAUGACGACUGCGUGCCGGUCAACGUGAGUCCCGCACACUAUAUGUCAAACGGUCGACUAUCAAGUACGAACGAAAGCGAAGAUACGAUGCCGAACGUCCUCGAGCCCCAAGUACAAAUAAUACCCCAAUCCUCCCCAACUCCACCCCCUCACAAACCACUCCCUCUCACACCCCUCCCAAUCCCUCCAAUCCCCAUUCUAACCAACCCCCUCCAAGCCAUAGAACAAGCGAGAAUACAGCAAAACUUUAUACAGAAACUAAAUGAAUUAUCAAAUACGCCGUUGAAUUUGAGUAAUUUAGAUGAAAUGAAAAGGAAGAAUGGACAUGAACGUCAAGAGAAAUCUGAAGAUCAGAUCAAACAUGACUGCGGUACGGCGACCGAGGAGGAGCGUUUAUAUUUCACUGCGAAACGUCAGCACGCCAUCUGGGAGCACGAAGCGAAAAUGAAAAUUUUAAAUAUGGAACUGAGACAGAAGGAAGAAAUAUUCUCGUUGCAAAAGCAAUUGUUUUUAAUCGAGCUACGGUUGAAAAUGGAUUUCCUUGAGAAGGCCAGCGCGAAAUGAUGGGAAAGCGCCGCCCAAGGAAACGUCAUCGAACCGUUUGUUUUUUUUUCUAAUAAAUAAAAACAACGAGCAAAGGAAAUGAGCCGCACAUCCGAGUGUAAUCUAGUUUUAAAAAGUGCCAUCUAUCGUGUAGUUACCGAAUUAAUUCCUUUCAUUUUGUGUUUGAGUAGUUAAACUACAAAAACGAUCCAUUAAAAUUUUAUGAAUAAUGUUAUUUUUUAAAAGGAGUUUUGCAAUAUUACUUAAAAGAGGGUAAAGGUACCAGUUGCUGAUAGCAUUGGCCAGCUUUUGGUCCGUUUACCUUACUAUGACGUUUGGAAAUGUCAUUCAGCCACAUUUGAGGCCAUAGACCAGAGUCUAAGGCCAUAAACAACGAGAUAUAAGCAAUAUUAAGAUAGAUGCCGCCUUAAGGCCUUAACUCUUAGUAUUUAAAUAAAAAGGGGCCUUGCUUGGCCUUUUUCAAAUUGAAAUUACUCUAAUGUUAAGGCCAAAUUAUAGACAAUUAGUCAACACAGAUGUGUGGGCCUGAAUUUAGACCUAUUGGUCUAGGAUAGACUCUAAUCUAUGGGCUCAAAAGGCCAAGUUUUAAUGUGAUUACGAACUUAUUUUUGUAUCCGUUAUACAUUUGUCUAGAACUUAUUUUUUAUGUUUUUUUUUCGUUAGAAUAAGGAAAGUGCUUAAGUUAGUAAAACGCUGCGAUUUUAAUAGUAUUUUCUGUGGCAGCUCAUUGUUUAGUUGUAUGUGUCAGGUAUUGAUGCCUUUUAUCAAAAAAAAUCGCAUAAUUUUUUUCAUUAAUAAGAGUUCCGCGUUGUGACUUCGAACUAGUACAGCUUUUCUCAUUUAAUUCACGUGAUUAAAUUCUUAUUUUUACUAUUUUUAGUAUGUCUCACGAUAGUUAUUAUUCAGAAAUAGACAAUAAACAAUUUCUCUCUAUAACCUGUCGAAAUUGAGAAAAACGCGCGAAAAUUCACUAUUUGACACAUGACAACUGUUUAAAAAAAAUACUGCCAAAAUCGUGUUUCGCAAUAAAAGUUCUAUGAAAAUAGUACUUAGGGGCCGUAAGUCUAUCAUUAUAAUUCGCCGGGGGUCUGUAGCUAUAUUCACGAAAUAUUGAUUUA